CUGACAGCGCGAUUCAUUGUGAACACACGGGACGACGCAACAUGGCUAGACUGUUGUUGUGCACGCUGGUGACUGUGACACUAGCGGCAGGUGCCCGCUACGACCCCACAUGGGAGUCACUGGACCAGAGGCCCCUCCCGGCCUGGUACGACGAGGCCAAGUUUGGCAUCUUUCUUCACUGGGGGGUGUUCUCUGUUCCAAGCUUCACAGGUGCUUGGUUCCAGGAGUUUUGGCGAGAAAAAAGACCGGACAUUAUGGAGUUCAUGAAGAAUAACUACCGACCGGAUUUUACCUAUGCUGACUUUGCAGCACAAUUUACAGCUGAAUUCUACAACCCCGACGAAUGGGCGGAGAUAUUCAACGCCUCGGGGGCAAGAUAUGUGGUACUUACAUCAAAGCACCAUGAAGGUUUCUGCAACUGGCCAACCAAAUACUCGUUUAACUGGAAUGCCAUGGACGUUGGCCCUCGCAGGGACUUAGUUGGUGACCUGGCAAACUCCAUCAGGAAGAAGACUACCAUCAAGUUUGGUCUUUACCACUCGCUGUUCGAAUUUGUCAACCCAAUGUUUCUUCAAGAUCAAAAGAACGAAUUCAAAACUCAAGACUUUGUUAGGUUCAAGACAAUGCCCGAGUUAUAUGAGCUGGUGAACCUGUACAAGCCUGAUGUUAUUUGGUCAGAUGGGGAUUGGAUGGCGCCGUCUACCUACUGGAACUCCACAGAGUUCAUAGCAUGGCUGUAUAACGACAGCCCUGUUAAGGACACUGUGGUGACAAACGACCGCUGGGGGAAAGACGCAACAUGCAAACACGGCGGGUUCUACACCUGUCAUGACAGGUACAACCCAGGAGUGGCACAGAAGCAUAAGUUCGAGGAUGCCACCACCAUCCACGACUACUACUGGGGGUUCAUCCGUAACGCCAAGCUGAGUGACUUCUUCACCAUAAACCAUCUCCUGACAGAGCUCAUUACGGUUGUCAGCUGCGGUGGCAACUUCCUGCUGAAUGCUGGCCCCACCCCUGACGGUAUGAUCGGUCCGAUAUAUGAGGAGAGGUUGCGGCAGAUGGGCCAAUGGCUGAAAGUUAAUGGCGACGCCAUCUAUGAGACACGACCCUGGACUACCCAGAAUGACACAGCGACACCUGGUGUCUGGUACACGUCCAAGAAGUCAUCAACCGGUAUUUCCGUGUACGCCAUCACUCUCAGCUGGCCCGUGGGAAAUAAGCUGGAGCUGGCUGUCCCCCAGCCGGGCCCCACCACAACAGUGACGUUGCUAGGAUACCCAGGACACAUUGGAUUCAAAGCUGGCGCCACAUCAGGAAUGACAAUCAUGAUUCCAGCAAUUCCAGCCAACCGUAUGCCUUGCCAGUGGGCCUGGGUUUUCAGACUUGAUAAUCUCAAAAACCAGUAGUAUUUUGAAAGUAUAGUUUUGUACAGUUCUCGUACAAGGGUUCUUUUCAGCCGACGUCAUUGCCUAUUGACUCUUACUUGUCGUAUUAUGUCGAUGCUUUCAGAUGUCUUAUCCCAUAUACAAAAUGGCCACCACGUCAGCCAUGUUGAAAAUGUAUAAAGCAUAUUUUCUGGUGUCCUCAGCCAUGAUAUUGCUGGAAUAUUGAUA